GUGGCAGAAUUUAUUGAUGAGCGUCCAGAUGAAGUGAAGCUCAUGGAGGAAUUCCGAACAAAUACUAAGUGGAAACUUCUAGGAGACCAGAACGAAGACUCGCAGAGUUCGGAUAUUUCAGUACCUGCCAAAUUUACCUUGAGGCGACAGCGCCACGACUCCCCGGACAGCUCGCCGCCAAGGAGACUGCGGCACGACUCCCCAGACAAAUCGCCUCCAGGGCAACAGCGCCACGACUCCCCGGAUCUGUCCCCUCCCAGGCGGGAGAGAAACAAUUCCCCCAACUUUUUGCCUCCCAGGCGACAGCGCCACGACUCCCCAGACCUCUCCCCGCCAAGAAGGAAGCGCCACGACUCUCCAGACCUCUCUCCCCCAAGGCGACCUCCCAGGCGACAGCGUCACGACUCCCCAGAUGUCUCUCCAAAGAGAGUCAAGCAAUCUCAGCUCAGGCACGGUGUCUCUGACAAGUCCUCAUCACGUCAGAAGCGUCAGGCUACUCCAGAUCUGUCCCCUCCACGGAAGAAGAGGUACGAUUCUGACCCAGAUUCGUCACCGCCUCGGAGAAAGAGGACUGGGUCACCUAGUCUGAAAAAGCAGAGCAGAACAAAAGGUGCUUCUCCAGCCACGAAAAAGCUUAGGCAGGUGCCCUCUCCUCAGAGGUGCCUGAGGCACGACUCUGACUCUCCAUCUCCACGGAGGGGUACCCGGAAUGCCUCUGAUGCAGACCACUCUGAUUUAUCUCCUCCACGACGGACUCUGCCAGCCGGAAAGGAUCAGCACAGUUCAAGGAGUCCCCCUGACCUCUCACCUCAUCGCCACCGUGACGCUAAGGGAUCUCCCAAGAAGGCAAACGUGAUGUUAUCUGGGGUCAAAGCUGGCUUGGUGUCAGCUGAUGUGCUGCGGAGGGAACAGCAGGAGCUCAGGAGGCAUGAGAGAAGUAAUAAGCACUUGGAAGAGGAAUCCCGACACUCUGAGACCGUCUUCCGAGACAAGUCAGGCCGCAAGAGGGACCUCGCGCAGGAGCGGCUGGAGCAGAGGCAGAAAGCUGAAGCGAAGUCCGAGAGAGACGAGCAAUACGCCAGAUGGGGUAAAGGGCUAGCGCAGGGGAGGCAACAGCAGCAGAACGUGGAAGAUGCAAUAAAAGAGAUGCAGAAGCCGUUGGCCCGUUAUAUUGAUGACCAGGAUCUGGAUCGAAUGCUGAGAGAACAAGAGAGAGAAGGAGACCCCAUGGCUGACUUCAUCAAAAAAAGGAAGGCCAAAGAGAACAAAGAAAAGAAAGAAAAACCUAGGUACAAUGGACCAGCACCUCCACUCAACAGAUUUAAUAUAUGGCCCGGGCAUCGCUGGGACGGUGUGGACAGGUCCAACGGAUUCGAGCAGCAGCGCUUUGUCCGGAUAGCCAACAAGAAGGCAGUUCAGGAGCUUGCGUACAAGUGGAGCGUCGAGGACAUGUAG